UAUACCGGUAGUAGCACGUCCGUUAUUUUCUCCUAUGCCCUGGAGUGUGUUACUAUAGCAGUGUUCGGUACGUGUUCCGGUGCCGUUGCGUGCAUGGAUCACGCAUGCCGUAUUGAUGUACGGUACCAUUCGGUACUUACUAGCAUACGUACUGGUCAUCCUUUAAAUUACUUCGAAGUAAGAAUUACUUUGUACGAAGUAAGUAAGAAGUACGGUACCGUACCGUACUUUUUUGAAAUGACCCCCCUUCCAACGCAAACGGGUACUGUCCAACAAGGUACGAACGGUAUCGUACGUACCGUACUCCUCAUGAUUAUCUAGGAUACGUAUGUACCGUGGGACCACGGAGGACGACGAACGGACUGCACGUGCACGUACUUGGAUUCGAUCGUGCGGGACUUGCCGGUUCCCAUUUCUCUCGAACCCGGGCUUCUCGAUUGUCUCGACGGGACGCAUCGACAUCGCCGCGGCUGUCAAGGGGGGUAUCGUUGCAGGGGUCCCCUGUAUCGUUGUACCGUACUUACCAUGUCGAACGGUAUCGUACGGUACGUACGUACGGCGUGACACCGCGAAGACAAGCUUCCCUCGGCAAAGCAAGAAGCCUGCCCGGGUUCUGUGUCGUGUGUGUGUGUGCUUGUGUCUGUUGGUCGCACAUCAAUCGGGGUUGUUCGCUGUUUGGUGGAUGCAGAGCGAGCAGGUACGAUGCGAUACGGUACGGUACGGUACGAUACGGUGCAUACUCCCAGAGAGAGUCUUGUCUUGGAAGGCCGCGAGCCGCGUGGAUCGGCCCGGACAUGCAUGACAGACACCCCACUCCGCGCCGUGCUUGCUUGCUUGCUUGGAUUCGAUGCGGUGCGGUGCUUCUCUCAAAAAAUCGAUCUUGAUUGAUUUCCUUCUUUGCGAACGGCCGGACCGGCAGAAUCAAUUGUGUGAGUACGAAGUAGAAGUACCGUAGUACUGUAUGUUGGUUCAUACAUUACAUUACAGUAGCGCUACAGAAUAUCGAAUUCGGUAUUAGUCGUAGCAUCGUAACAGCCGUAGCAGCGGUAGCGCGGCACCGCCUUCGUUCGGUUUCUUUUUUCCGUGGAGUUUCGCGUGGAGAACCAUCGGUCGGUUCCUCCCGAGAGACACCACCUGCCGUGACACGAUCGACGAGAACCAGACCCAACCAAAACAAACCAAACCAGACCAAACCAGACCCUUGCGGAACACCCCGCUGCCGUUGCAAAGGCAACGAAAGCUCUUUGCCACAAGCCACAAGGACACCGCUGUUCCAUUCGAAACAAACAAGCAUCGCUUGCACACGCACCGCAUCCAUCCGAGAGAGCGGAGGCUGCUGCCAGGAAACAAAACAAUCGGCGCAAGAUACGGUGCCGAACAGAACAGAACAGAACACAACAGAACAGAAGAAAAUCCAACAGACUCCGUACUUCGAAUUCGAUUCCUUCGGGCACGGCUCUCCAAAAGCAUCCAAACUCGGAAGAGCCUGUUCUGUUCUGUUCUGUUCUGUUCGAUUCUGUUCGAUUCUGUUCUGUUCUCCUCGAAACCGCAAAGAACGAACCACGGUUGCGGCACGGUUUGAUACGGGGUGCUUUUUUCGCAACCCAAAAGACUUGCCGGCAAAGGCUAGCCUCUACAGCAGCAGCAGCAGCAGCAGCAGCAAGACCCUGCCAUGGGCCAGGGCUGCAGCACGCGGGGCCACGCGGUGGAAGCGGGGCCGGGAAGCCGCCCCGACCCCAGAGCCCUCGAUCCGGUCAUGAGGGAGAUCAUGGAGCGUUCCGUUUCCGCCACGAGCCGGCUCCGGAGGAAGGCCCACUCUGAGCGGAGGAACACGGCCCGGAGGGAACAAGCACCGCCCCUGUCGGUUCGCGGGCCCGGGCUCUUUGCUUGGAAGGGCGGGCAGAACCACCUGCUCUACAAGAACUUUUCGUCGAAGGCCGGGAGCGGGCCGACGAAGAAACAAAAACCAUCCGGACGGAAUUUCUCGACCACCAUUAGCAGCAGCAGCAACAGCAGCAACAGCAACAGCAACAGCAAGCACCCGGGGAGGCAGCCGGCCUUUCGGAGGAGGACCAGGAUCGCCGAGGGCUUUGAGGCGGAACGCGAGGAGCAAGAGAAGCAGCAGCAACGGAAGCGAUCGGAUCCCAACGGCGGCGAUCGCGAUCGCGAUUGCGGGCAUGGCGAAUGCGACGACGAAUGCGACGACGACUACGACGAUGGCUGCUACGGAGACGAGAGCCUGUACUCGCACUUUUAUGCGGCAAGCGGGGACCGAAUCGAAAAGGAAAGCGCCACAGCCGGCCACCCCCCAGGGAUUUUGCUCGAGGACCUGGAGCGCCUGGAGAAGGGCGUCGCGAGGACCAUUCUGUCGGAGUGCCCCACGCGGCUCGUGGUCCGCGAGAGGGAGGGGGGGCACCACGCCCGCAGGGGCCUCUCCUGGAGGACCGGCCGGGGAGGGACCCGCAGGGAUUCUUCCACCGGAAGGGGCACCGGGAGCCCCCCCGUGGUGAUCCUGCCCGAGGGUCACUGCUACGAGCGCGACAGGGACUAUUUCCGCCGGGGGAGGCCCCUGGGGGACCGGAAGGAGGGCGAGGACCAGGAGGAUGACGAAGACGAGGACGAUGCCAGCUGCAGCAGCAGCAGCGACAGCGACAGCAGUUGCAGCGACGGCAAGGGCGUCCACCGGCUGCACCGGGCCACCACGUCCGCCGGCCACAAACCUCGAAGAGAAUCGAUCCACGUCUACGCCGUUCGGUUUCCGAGGGAGGCCGGAGACAAGGAUUGCAAAUGCGAAGGUGGCGAAGGCGAUGGCGAAGGCGAUGGUUCUGCCGUUUCCGGUGACCGAGCGGGCGGAGGACAAGGGGAGAAAGGUAGCGCGGAGCGGGGACGGGAGCAGCGGCCCCUCCCGCGGAACCGCCACCCGCAACAACAACCGCAGCAGCAGCAGCAGCAGCAGAUCGAAAAACAACCGCAACCGCAACCGCAGCAACCACAAUCCCCCACCACCGAGGAGCCCCGCGGCAGUCCCACCACUCCGAGCAUCCAGGCCGGGGCAGCAGCAACCGGCACGGACCCCACGGACCCCGGCAAAACCACCGCCGGUCCGGCUGCGGGCACGGGUGCGAAAGAGGAUGCGAAAGAGGAUGCGGGUGCGAAUGCGGGUACGGAUGCAAAUGCAAAUGCAAAUGCAAACGCAAAUGCCGGCACGAAUGCCGUUGGACAGAUGUUUUCGCCGUCCCGCAUGGGGGAGCCGCCGAAGCGCGAGGGUACGUAGGGUGCUUGCGGGAGCGAAGCGAAGCGAUGCCCCGGGGUCUCGUCUUGCGUCCUUGCGUCCUUGCGUCCUUGCGUUUGCCGAUGCGUGUUUCUUUGCGCUUGCUGGAACUCCACGUGGGUUCUCGACCCAUCCGUGCACCACACUCUUCACUCAUUUGCUUGUGUUUUUGUUUUUGUUUUUCUUUCUGUUUCUGUUUCCCAUCAAACCAACGAAAUCCAUUUUUUGGUGUCGUCCGUCCCAUUCCGUGUCCAUCCCCGCGAUUGUUUGCUUGUUUGCUUUGUUUCGCGUUGCAUUCCUGCCGAUGGCCCGAAUAUUCACCGGAAAACCAACAACCUUCCUCCGGACACAAACGUACUCGACACAAACCACGCACCGUCGUUGCACAGUCCUCGACUGGGUCACGAUAUCGGAAGAGCACGGGAUCUACGUGGCGGACCUGGGCAUGAGCCCGGCGCAGUGCGACGCGCUGGUGACGACCACGGAGCAGGCCUGCAAGGGGCACUACGCGGCCUAUACCUACGCAAAGCAGACGCUGGGCUGCCGGGAGUACCCCGCGCUGGCGAGGGCCGUCGUGUCGCCCGUCCAUUCCAUGGUCUACGCCAUUACGCAGCGCUUUCGGGGGGAGGGCGGGCCCCCCGGAGAAGAAAACGACCGAGAAGAGGCUGCGGAAGCAAAGGACGGCGGCGAUGGAAGACCGCCCAAUGGUGGCACCACCGGGGGGGACGCUCCCGCCGGUGCCCUUGAUUCUGCCGAGCCGUCUCUUUCCCGGCCAGGAGACGGGGAACCCCGGCCGCCGGCAAGGGUCCUCCAGCUGGACGAGCGCGAGCCCCACAUUGUCAAGUACGACGUGACGAAAAAGGAACGCCAGAAACUGGACAUGCACACGGACAAGUCGGAGUUUACCUUUCUGAUUGCCCUCUCGAACGGCUGCGGGAUGGACUACGACGGCGGCGGGACCUACUUUGAGUGCCUCGACGCGACGGUCCACAUCCAGCGGGGGCACGCCCUGGUCUUUCCCGGAAAGCUCCGCCACCGCGGGACCAAGAUCACCCGCGGCCUCCGCUUUUUGCUGGUGGGGUUUCUGGUGGACAAGCCGCUCCCCUUGCAAGCAUCCGAUGCGCCGGCGGAGGAGAAGACGAAGACGGAACACAAGCCCGAGCGAAGGGAUGCCGGCGGGGACGCUUUCCCGGCCGAAGGUGGUUCUCCGGCAAGGACGGUUUCCCAACCGGCAAAGCAGGUCCUUCCCGCCGUGGAUUGGUGCUAGCCGUUCGUUUUGUACUUGCAGUAUCUGGUUUCGAUUCGAUUCGAUUCGCGUGGUGGCUGGCCACCGGCCGGCACCGGUUUUUAUGGUCCGCCGAGAACAGAACCGAACGCCGGCGCUUGCAACGCCACACACACACACACA